AUGGUCAACCUCGACGAUGUUCGAAAGGCGAAUUCGUCACUGGUGCAAAGACAGCCCCUUGUCGCCGUCUUUACUGGAGGCACAGGGGGGAUAGGCCUAUCCACCCUCAAAACGCUUGCAGCUACGCAUUCAAGCAGCGGAAGGGGCCUCAGAGUUUACAUAACUGGCAGAAACCAGCACGCAACAGAAAAGAUCAUUGCGGACUGCUUGAACAUAUGUCCACAGGGCGACUUUCGAUUCAUUCAGGUUGCCGAUCUUUCAUUGUUACGAGACGUUGAUAGGGCGUGUGAAGAAAUAAUCAAAGAGGAAAAGGCAUGUGUAACCGCUGGAACCGCACCAAAACUUGACCUGCUGUUCAUGAGUCAGGGCGAGCUGUCCCUGAAGCCUUACACCACAGAUGCAGCCGAGGGUCUCGAGUUCCGUGUCUCGCUACUCUACUACUCACGGAUGAAAACAAUUCUCAAUUUGCUACCCCUUCUUCUGGAAUCCACUCUGCCAGCUCACAUAGUCUCUGUGUUCGCUGCAGGGAAAGAGGGAGAGCUUCAUCUCGAUGACCUCUCGAUGAGAGAUCCAAAGCACCAGGGCGUGGUUGGGACCAGAAGUCAUGUCACUUAUAUGACAACCUUCUUCUUCGAGUAUCUCGCCUCCAAACACCCGGGAAAAUUGAGCCUGGUCCAUGUUUAUCCUGGACUCAUCUUGACUGAUGGUUUCAAAUAUAUGCCGUUCUGGUUCAGGGUUAUUUGGCGGGCUGCGCUACCUGUACUCGGUCUCUUUUGCACUUCCUUGGAAGAAUGUGGCCAACGUGUGCUCUACCUGGCAGACCCUGAUCGUUUUCCGGCUCGAUCAUCUCGGGGUACUGCAGCAGCUGGCGGCAAUUCAACAUCGGAUUUGAAGCCUGCAGCGGCAAAGGGCACGGACCUCGAGCAUGGCAGUGGUGCAUAUGGUGUCACACUGGAUGGGGAGACCAUUCCAGAACAACAGAUCCAUCAGUCAUACGACAAGUAUCGGACUGGUGAUACUGGAAAAACGAUUGUUGCUCACACUCUGAAGGCAUUUGAUGACAUCAAAGCUGGGAAGGCCUUCACAGGUUAG